AUGGCCUUCAUACUCAAAUUCCUCCUGGCCAUCCUAGCAGUAGGCCUAACAGCAAUCUAUCUCCGCUUCACCAUCCUCCUGAACGCGAAACGCAACAAACCUCUCCGUCAUGGCCGCCGCAACCCCAACGAACCAACCCACCUGAUGAUAGUUCUCGGCUCAGGCGGCCACACAACAGAAAUGCUCUCCAUGCUCUCCCGCUCCGUGCAAGAUGAAGACCAAAGUCAGCGUUUACAUUGGAAUGACUAUACGCAUCGGACGUGGGUGGUCAGCAGCGGGGAUAGUCUGAGUGCUGCGCGAGCAGAGGAGUUUGAGAAGAUGGCGGCGCCGUUGAGUACGCAGGAGGGACUGAUGAUGGGGAAGGUGAAGAGAGCAACUGAUAAUGGGCCCGGGACUUAUGAGGUCGUGACUGUGCCCAGGGCGAGGGAGAUCCAUCAAUCGCUGGCUACGGCGCCGAUGACGAGUUUGACCUGUAUGCAGGCUUGUCGGAAUGUGUUGCUGAAGGAUACGACGACUACUCGUGAGGGUCAUGGUGGGCAGGCUGGGGAGAGGGAUGUUCCGGAUCUGAUUCUUGUUAAUGGACCGGCGACUGGGACGAUUAUGGUGUUUACGAGCCUUUUGUUGAGGUUCUUUGAUGUUAAGGGUGUGAGUACGAGGGGGAAGAUGAGGACUGUCUAUGUGGAGUCUUGGGCACGGGUGAAGAGGUUGAGUUUGAGUGGCAAAUUGUUGAGGAGGGUGGUGGAUAGGUUUCUGGUGCAGUGGCCGCAGUUGGUCAGGGAGGUUGGUGGAAGUGUGGAGUACCUGGGUGUGUUGGUGCAGUAG